AAAAAUACAAUAUAAAUAAGGCAUAGUGCAAACUUAUUAUCUCUCUGUUAGGUCACACUCUGGGAUUGACACUUUUUGUCUGCCAUGAUGGUGACGCGCAGGAGAUCCUGCUCCUACAGUUUGUUGACCCAGGACGUCGUAAUCAAACCGACAUUACGUGCCUGCCGUUACUGAGGUAUUGGCGCCAUCUGGUGCUCGUCGCCGCCGCCAUGUUGAACCGAGCAGCCCCUCCCUCCUCCUCCUCCUCCUGCUGCAUGAACACACUAAUAACAUGUUUCCAUGUUAACGAUCCGAGCCUGUGACACCGAGCCCAGAACGAGCUGAAACUACGAACCUUUAUUUAAAACACCAUAUUAUAACCGGGUGGUGAACGUCAUGUUCAGUUGUCUCUCUGAGGCAUCAUGGCAGCUCACUGAAGCCUGGCUAAUGGAGGUCGUGUGAGACUGGAAGGGGAGGAGAAUAUCUCACAGGGAGGAGAGGAGUGACGGCUGCAGCUCAGCGACGAGGAACAGACAGACGACGAUAGAAAACGAAAAGCUGAAGGAAACCACCGUGGAUCCGUCUGUUCUCUGAGUAUCACUUCUCUCACCUCCGCUGUCACUUCUGUCUGGAGCCCAGCGGCCACACAGUAAAAGUUCCCCUCCUCCCCUCUGAUUCAUGUCAGGCUCCUCCUCCCGCUCCUGUUUUCCUUCCCUUCGUCUCUCCUCCAGUUUGCCACAGAGACCCUGGGAGUGGACUGGGAAGUGUGACCUCCUUUCACUGCGUGAACAGAACCAGCGCCUCGCCAUGUCCGCCCCUGGUUAUCCGAACCAGGCUCCCUACCCCAUGGCUCAGCCCGGCGGCUCCGUUGCUCCUUAUCCAACCGCUCCAGGCGGGUAUGGAGACCCCAGUCAAGCCCCCCCACCAGGCUUCAACAUGGGCUACAAUCAAGGCCCACCUCCUGUCAUGUAUCAGCCUGGUCCGAUGGGCCCAGGACCAGUUCCAGGACCAGAGUAUGGUGGCCAUCCUGGAGGGAUCUCCCCGGCUCCGGCCAUGGCUCCGGCCAUGGCUCCGGCUGCGGCUGCAGUUGCUGUUGGGGUACCCCCAGGACUCGAGUACCUCACACAGAUUGACCAGAUCCUGAUCCACCAAAAAGUUGAACUCCUAGAAGCAUUCAUCGGUUUCGAGACCAACAACCAGUACGAGAUAAAGAACAGUCUGGGCCAAAAAAUCUACAAGGCUAAAGAGAAGAACGACUGCUGCACCAGGAACUGCUGCGGCUCGCUGCGCAGCUUCGACAUGAAGAUCAAGGACAACAUGGACAGGGAGGUGAUCCGUCUCAUACGGCCUCUUCGCUGCGUCUCCUGCUGGUGUCCCUGCUGCCUGCAAGAGAUGGAAGUCCAGGCACCGCCCGGCACCACAGUGGGCUACGUCAAACAGGACUGGCACCCUUUCCUGCCACGGUUUUCCAUCCAGGGAGAAAACAAGGAGACUGUGAUGAAACUGGAGGGGCCCUGCUUCGCCUGCAACUGCUGUGGGGACGUCAACUUCGAGCUCAAGGCCAAAGACAGUGACAAGUCCAUUGGCCGCAUCAGCAAGCAGUGGAGCGGCCUGCUGAAGGAAGUCUUCACUGAUACCGACAACUUUGGCAUCCAGUUCCCUCUGGACCUGGACGUGAAGAUGAAAGCUGUGCUCAUGGGAGCCUGCUUCCUCAUUGAUUUCAUGUUCUUUGAGAAAGUUGGGGAAGCCAACCAGCGCAGCACCGUGUUCUCAUAACGGCGAGGAACACAUCAGCAUGAGAGCCAGAACUUUCUCCACGUAUGCCUUUUCUCUGCUCAUGUAAUCUGAUUUUCUAUUUCUUUUUUUUUACAUCCACCCGUCAUCAGAUUCCAGCCAACAUGGUGCCAUCCUUUUAUACACACAGACCAAAGUGAACUCUUUCACCACGGAUUGUUUUUCAAAUCUAUACAAACCCUGUGAGUGACACCAGCUGCCAUGUUCCUUACACUCCAUACAGUCUGUAGAUGUUUAUCUACUUUUUAGUGAGCGAGCAAACCAUCAGCUGAUCCUGCCAAAGAAAGUCAACCUUGCCCUCAAUGUCGUUUUAAACCCCAAUACACAGAAAUAUGAAUGAAUAUAAACAUGUAUGUUUGAAUGUGCUUUAUACUACUCUGGAAUUAACAUUUCAUAUUCAUGCCGUAUGUUUACCUAUUAUCAUUACACGCAUAAGUCAUGUUUUGAAGAAAUAGAUCUAGUUUUAGUGCAAUACUUAGUUGGAUGUAGAGGCUGUAUUCAUUGCUUUGUUGGUUUGUCAAGCAGCAUUUCCUCUUGGGCCACCACUUCCCUGAAUGGUAAAGAUAGUGACAGCUCAUUGAUUGUUCUUCAACAUUUAGUCUCCCUGAUUCCUGAUUUAAUAUUUCUAAAGAUUUAAAUGUGCAACAUGUACAAUUACUGUUGAAAACAUUAAAAAAACGGAAUAGAUAAGAUAAAUGGAAUGAGAAGAAAUAGGUUUUGACAUUGUUUUGCAUUGCAAAGAUAUCUGCUUAAGAUAGCAUGCUAACCAGCUAGCCACAGCUGUCCUAGUUCAAAGCUCAUGUGCUAGCAUUGCGAACACUGGUACUUUCCCAGUGCUCCAAGCUCCCAGCCCAGACCACUAGCUGCACAGCUAAUUAAGCUAACUAGCAAAUGGAAGCUACAGUUGGCAGCAGUUACUCUGGUGAUUUGCUGCAUGUACCUCAAAGGACUGCUGUGCCUUCAGCAUGGCUGCUUACAUUCAGUCUUAUAAACUAAAACUAAAGCGUGAAACGUGAACAUUAGCCACAGUCAACAGGCGGUCAUUACAAGGGGAAGUGGUGGUUGUGUUAGCAAGAGAAGCAUGAAGAUGUUCAGCUGAAGUUGUGAACACAGGAGUUGACACAUGCUGACAUUAUUUACCAAAGUGCUCUUUCUCUACCUCUCAGCUGCCUUUCUCCUCUGUGUCUGUGUCUUAAGUGUACAUAAUCUAACAAAGCUGUAGCACAGGCUGCAGUGCAGACGCUCUCAUGCUCCCCUGUGGCUCUGUGGUUACCAUGGAGGACGAUGGCGCUGCCAAACCUCGCCCUCCGAUUUCUCCAGAUACCACUGAACAUGUGCCAGUGUGAUGAUACGGUAGAGAGAGAAUGUAGGGGGAGAAGUCUGAAUAGAAAUAUAGUAGAAGAAGAAAAGCAGAAGUUGAGGUUAAUGAAUCCUCAGUCUGACCUCUGAGUGAUUGAGUCCAUCAGCGACGGGUUUAAGGAAACAGAUUAACUAUCUGUAUCUGUGAAUAUGAUCUGUUAUCAGCUCUGUGCUUUCGAAUGACAAAAUGUCAGGUUAAUGUUUGUGGAUGCAAAUCUGUUCUGUAUUAUUCAUUCUGGUUUUGAUCGUUCUUGUGACAUAACACAUGGGUGUUGCCACUAGUUUACCCUGAUCCAGACUGCAGCUCUCUUUUAUGGUCACUAACUGUGUCUUGUUGCAUAUACACUAAAUACUACUAACCCUAACGUUAAAGGAAAGAAAGUAAUCCAAAAGAUGUACAGAACAUUUUAACACAGUUAUUUGUUCAGUGUGUUUCAUGUUAAUUUGCAAGGUUUUCAAACAUAUUAUGUUCAGUAUGUUAUAUAUAACUCUUGUAUCUUGUGAUUGUGAAUGACAUUUUUUUACAGAAUCAAAAUAAAUACCCUGUAGUUGUUCAGAAAUAAAACAACUGUCAUACAAAGCCGUUUGUUGAA